AUGUCAACGGGUCCUCAGGAGUCUAUCGAUGAGCUGCGGAGUGAGCUGCAGCAGUUAGAAAACUUACUCAUGAAGCGAGAGGAGGCGCUUCUGCACAAAAGACAGCAGUCUCAGAGGCUUAACAGUGAUCUGGCAGACGCUCACCUCGAGACAGCUUCGCAAGAAGCGUCGAAGGCGGCCGCUAGCGAUGCGUACCGAGCUGCAUCCCGCGCGAAGCAGGUGCUCGAAAACAACCAGGCACAAAGCAGCCAGUCUUUGAGGCCGAAUCGGGAGGAGUAUGUUAGCCAGCUAAUAGAGGCGGACGGCGCGAAAAAGAGUGUUGAGACAGAGGCCGGGGAGAUUUCUGCUCGGAUCAAAGGGCUGAAGGAGAAAAAAGUGGACGCGCAGAAGCGCCUUACGGUGGCUCGUCUCAUGUCAAUGCUGGACGACUUGCAAAACCUGCUGAAGAAAAAAGUGCACGGCCCGAGCGGUGGCGAGGAGACACGGGCACAGGAGCUUCUGAAGACCGUGCAGGAGUUGUCUCGGGAGCGCGAGCGCACGAUUCACUUUCUUUCGAAGAAGGAGCGAGAGAUGGCCGCCCUUAUCAACUUGAAGCAGCAGCGUGUCGAGGAGCUGCGAAGUGAGUUCACACGGAAUGUGAGCACGUAUGCGGACUCGAACGUCAAGGAGCUGUUUGGUGUCGCACAGCGCAUCCAGGUGGAGCGCAGCCAGCUUCUGCGUGAAAUCGAGCGUCUUGAGGAGGCAAAUCAAAAGAUUGUCGAUGUCCUAACGGAUACCAAGUACACCACAGAGUCGGCAAUCAAGGAUCGUGAUACGGCGCUGUCGGGCGUCACAAUGAUGGGCGUUUCGCUGAACCCAGAAAAGGAGAGCUUGCAGUUGCGCGAGCGCAUUAAUAAGGCCAACUCAGAGCGUCGAAUGUACAUGCUGAAGACCGAGGAGUUGCAGGGAAACAUUGACGAGGAGACGUUGGCGUACAGCGCCUGUAUGUCAAAGCUUCGCAAGGAGUUUCUUUUCUACCAAGAUGAGAGCAUCCGUUUUGAGAAGGAGAACAAGAAGCUUAAAGACCUUUGCGACGCUCUCGCUAGGUCGCUCGGUGACUAG